CUUUUGCAUUGGCUUCUAAAGGUGUAAAGAAGGAGGUGACGCCAUCUAAGAAUUUGGAGAAAAGUGGUAUAUCAAGGAAAAAUGACAUAGAUUUAAAAGGAAUUGUGUUUGUUAUCCAGAGUCAAAGUAAUUCUUUUCAUGCAAAGAGAGCAGAAGAGUUAAGAAAAAGCAUCUUACAGCAAGCUGCAGAUCUUACCCAGGAGCUCCCCACAGUCCUUCUGCUUCACGAGCUGUCUAAGCAGGAAGGUGCAUGGACCAUACUUCCACUGUUACCACACUUUUCUGUAACAUAUAGCAGAAAUUCAUCAUGGAUUUUCUUCUGUGAAGAAGAGACAAGAAUACAAGUCCCAGGACUCCUCAAAACACUCAGAAGAUAUGACCCCUCAAAGGAAUGGUUUUUAGGAAAAGCAUUAUGUGAUGAAGAAUCUACAAUAAUUCACCAUUACGCCUUUUCUGAAAAUCCUACAGUUUUUAAAUAUCCAGAUUUUGCUGCUGGCUGGGCCCUUAGUAUUCCCCUUUUAAACAAGCUUACCAAGAGGUUAAAGAGUGAGUCCCUGAGGUCCGACUUUACAAUAGAUUUGAAACAUGAGAUUGCCCUCUACAUCUGGGACAAAGGUGACGGCCCUCCCCUCACUCCAGUGCCUGAGCUGUGUACAGACGGUGUGGACACCCACUGUGCCACCACAUUCCACUCUUUCCUACCUCUGUGUGGAAAUCCAAUAAAGAAGGAGGAUAUUUUUGUUGCAGUAAAAACGUGCAAGAAAUUUCAUGGUGAUAGAAUCCCCAUUGUAAAGCAGACUUGGGCGAGUCAGGCCAGUCUCAUUGAGUACUAUAGUGACUACGUAGAAAGUUCCAUUCCUACAGUGGAUCUGGGAAUUCCUAAUACAGACAGAGGUCAUUGUGGAAAGACAUUUGCCAUUUUGGAAAGAUUUUUUAAUCAUAGCCAUGACAAAAUAGCAUGGUUAGUCAUUGUGGAUGAUGAUACAUUAAUAAGCAUCUCCAGGCUCCAGCACUUGCUUAGCUGCUACGAGUCCAACGAACCAGUGUUCCUGGGGGAGCGCUAUGGCUACGGCCUGGGCACUGGCGGCUAUAGCUACAUCACAGGAGGAGGAGGAAUGGUCUUCAGCAGAGAAGCCAUCCGGAGACUUCUCGCCAGUAAGUGUCGUUGCUACAGCAAUGAUGCGCCCGAUGACAUGGUCCUGGGGAUGUGCUUCAGCGGCCUGGGAAUCCCUGUGACACACAGCCCUCUCUUCCAUCAGGCCCGGCCUGUGGAUUACCCCCAGGACUACCUUUCUCACCAGGUUCCCAUAUCCUUCCACAAACACUGGAACAUUGACCCAGUGAAGGUUUAUGUUACGUGGCUGGCACCCAGCAAGGAACACAAAGCCAGGCCAGAGACACAAAAAGGCUUUAAAGAUGAGUUAUAAAGCCUGGGGGCCUGGGAGCACAGUCUGGGCAGGAAACAGAAGCAGAGACUUUGUGCUGUGUGCUGUGAACAUGCUACUCUCAUGUGCCACGGAAGCUUCCUGACUCUCAGUGGAAAUCCUGUUUGUGGUAUUUUUUGAGGGGGGAGGAAAGGGAGUCAUAGGGGAAAUAGGUGUUUUUUUUUUCUGGGAAAAAUCACUUUCUUUUGCAUUCUGCAUUGUUGUACCACACAGUGAUUCCUGCACAUUUUUCAAGCUGUGACACAUCAGCUUUUUGACUGUCAUGGGAAAAUAAAUGGUACCAGAAGUCUUCCUGUUCCUUCUCUUCAUUAUAAUGAAGGUUUCGGUUGCGCAUGAGACCGGAGAGAUGUGACUCUGUGUGUGUGUGUGUGUGUGCGCGCGUGCACAUGUGCGUGCAUAGAGAGAGAACAUCGAUUGACAUGGAUAUUGCAAUGGUGUGAACUUUUUAACUGUAUUGUUGAUGGUGAAAGUUAUUUUCUGGUCACCUGGUAGGAAUAAUGCCAUACUAAGGAUGAUUCAUGGAACAUCAUAAGAGUCUAACUAUGAAAUCCCCUGUAGUCUAUAAUCUUGUUAUGUUUUAUCUCUUUUUCUGUUUGUGCCUCAUAAAAAGAGAAGUCUUCUGCAGGAACUUUUUAUUUCUUUAGUGGUUCUUCUGUAUUCUGUUUCUCCCUGAAGCCCUUUUUUACCUGCUCAUAACAGGAAAGUGUGCUGGAUGCCGCCAGGCAAUUGGGUCCUCAAUAUUUAAAGACAAAGUUGUCAUGUUUUAUUCAGGUCAGUGAGCUCAAUGGAAGUCUCAGGAGGUAAAUUACAUUAAUUUAUUCCUGAUGUUUUGCUCUUAUUUUUCUUUGAAUGUUACUUAAUGACUCUCUAUUGACUCAGAAUAGACCCCCCUUCUUUGGUACCAUGAAACCCUAUUGGAAGGAUAGCACGGUGAUUUGGCAAUUUUCCUGGGUUCUUAAAGAAUGAAAUUUGAACAUAAUACUGUGAAAUAGCUCUAAUUUUCAAAUCAUAUCUUUAAUAUGUAGUAAUUUAGCACAUUUAUUAUUUGUAAAGAGAACUCUGUCAUUUAAUGUUUUAAUUACAUAAUUCAGUUUUCUAAAGGUAUUUGCAGAAAAUUUGAUUUUGAUAUGUCUUAAAAUAAUUUUGUUAAAGCAAAAUAUUUUUUUAAAAUAAAAAUUUUUAUUUGUUAAUUUUGUUCAUAAUGCUUAUAUAGCCAAGCACAGAUUUUAAAGCCUUACCAUGUGUGUGGUUUUUAACAAUAUAUUUUUCUUGUAGCUUAGAUUUCACGCAUUUCCAAAAUGGUGCGAUAGUACUUACCAUUUUUCCAAAUCAGCAAAUACCAGUACUGGUGUGUUUUCAGUGUCAUCUGGAUGCAUUGCAUUUAUGUUUUCUGAGAGUAUAUUUUGUGGUCUGUCCAAGGAAUGGAUCAGGGACAGAUGAUCUGCUGGGUAGAAGCACCCUAGGAAUUUAUAGGUAUGGUCAGCUGUUGCUGAUGACUUCAACAUUGUUGUCACAGCUGGAUUGUUGUCAUUGCUGCCAUCAUCGUCACCCUUAUGUCCUUUGUAAUAAUACCCCUAGAGGGCCUGGCUGCCUAGCCCAGUGGAGAACAGUCUUCAGUUCUUCCUGUACCUUCCUACCAAUCAUCGCGCUCAAAAAGCAGCACGUUCAUUAGAUAGGAUCGGACCUGCCUCUGUACAUGAAGACAUAUGUUGGCUUCCUGUUACGAUUGGUGCCUCUGAUACUGAAGAAUCUCCUCUGGUACUUUCAGGUGUUUUGUGAAUUAUGUUUACUUUUUGGAACUAUUGUAGGCCUAACCACAAAUAAAGGGUCUUUGCCUAAA